AUGGGAACCAAACCUGUUUUCAGCGCUGAGGCCAGCGCCGGGCCUACAGAUAUGGAGCAGAUUUCGCAGGAUAUACAAAUACUGCCCGAGGCCACACUAGACAAAAUCACCAAGGGUGCUCUAGUGAAGUUCACCCUAACAUGCGAUAAUGUUGAGAAAACGAGGAAUGUUUUCAGCUCUCUGCUGCAGACGUUCUGCUCAGCGUCCAUCUCUCAUGGGCAUACUACUGCUGCAUGCAAUGCCCUGAGCUCGUUUCUUGACACGGCAUUUGUGUCAGAACGGCCGGAGACCCGACAGCUUGCUCGGUCUCGGGACACUCUGGUCUCCGUGUUUGAAGGGUUUUUGUCCCGGUUCAAAGACGUAAAGCCUAAGCCUAUGAAACUGGUCUUGGAGUCCCUAGCAAUGAUUAUGGCCAAGUCUCAUCACGAGCAUGGAUGUACUGCAAUCCAGAGGGAUUUUGUGGAGGCCGUUCUUCCCAGCAUUUUAUUCGGCGAACCUCGAUCCAGAGUCAAAGCUUCUAUCAUUGCGCUCGAGACUUUGGUGCAUAAAAAAGCUAUACUUCCCGCUGAGUUGAUUAUGCUGGUAGAGUCCUGGCUCUUGCGCAAUUCGGAGCGAUGGCCAACUGUGCUGCAAGACGAAUGCCGGAUAACCUCAAUAGACGUCCCUCGGUUCUUACAAAAGUCGUCCGAGCAAGCAGCAUCAGAUGCGCAGUCCAAGGAAGCGGCUGUUCAGAUACUUCUUCUGGGGCUCCUGAACCGCGCAAAAGCUUUGGAUUUGGCGGCGUCCUGUGGUGAAAACCUUGAGAUUGUAGACAAACUGUCUAAUCAUAUACUUCUACGUCUUUUUGGGAUCAGUACCAUUGGUUUCCGGUACUUUUUAGGGACUUUACCUUUGGAGAGCCUGCUUGCCGGUGAUAUGAGCAACUCUUCCUCGAACGAAUUGACUCUUCUUUUCGCGUCAUUGCAACUAGGAAAGAAAAUUGGCCUGGUCCACGAAGAUCAUUACUUCAGUAAAUUUGAGAAGCAAGGAGAAAAACCGUUGGUAUUGAAGAGUGAAGUCAUUGGCCAAUUUCUUUUUCACCAUGACUUCAGCAUCAAGAUGGCUGCACUGUCUUUACUAAUCACGGCACCAUCAACCACGAAACCACUCUCUUCGGCUGCUAUAAGGGUUAUCAUAAAAAGCCUGCCAUCUCUCCAUGCAGAGUCUGACCCCUGUACUAGGGGAGAAAUACUGAGCAUGGUCCGUGGAUUGAUUGUCCGCUUGAAGGGUGGAAUUCUUGCAAACAUUGAAAAUCCAGUCGAGCCCCGAACUACUUUAAGCAAGAAGCAGCCGAUCGUCUACAUCAGAGAUGAUGCAGAGACGCGGUCAUGUUUGCAGAGCUACCUGGACUUCCUCAUGGCAGAUUUGCGAACAACGGCUUCUUACCACCGUCAUAUCAUGGCAGUUAAGACAUUGUAUCUUGUCAUCGAGUCAGGUCUAGAUGAGCGUUACAUUGGGGCAGGAUCUAACAAGCCCGAACAGCGUCAAGUCAGAUGGAAGUUCCACAUGGAGAUUUUUGGACCAAAGCUCCUGAGGUUACUGGUGGAUCUUCUUAUGGAUCCGUAUGACGAAGUGCGAAUAGCAGCACUGAACAUCUUGAAGCUGUUUCCGCGAUCAGUGCUUCUCGAUACGGCUGGAUGUAGUAAUGGGGAGCCUGAGCUGUUGAAUGCCGUAACGAAGGCGGAAAUUCUGGCAAGCAAUACUAGCAGAGCUGACCAUGCCGAUACAGUUGCUCUUUUAUAUCAUUUGAUCUUUGUGAUAGCAGAUGCCAAGGAUCCCAAAGACGCCAAGUGGUGGACAACCAAGCAGGGUGUCGUCCAGCUGAUUCUGGAAAAGCUUGAGGGCAAGUUGUCAUCUUCAGAGGGACUUUUCAAUUCUUCUCUGCGUGAUGCACCUCUCCACGGCUAUCUUUCAGCCUUACGGUACAUUAUCUCCUCUCCGAACUUCUACACUCAGGUUUCUCGUGAAGGGUCCGAUAGCCCUGAGAACUGGAGGUCAAUUCAUACGAGGAUUGCAUCACUGUGUGAUAGGAUAUGGGAGGAAGUAAAACCUCAGCUGUGCAUCGACUCUCCGGAAGGCCAUGCUGCUGAGCCUAUUGAGGACCUUAAAGUCGGCCCGAAGGAUAUCCUUUCAUAUUCGUGGCGUGCGCUCCGGGAAUCUAGUCUCCUUGUGCAUGCCACACUGUCCAACGCGACCUACGGCCCGCAGGGAGAAUCUGGCUUGACAAGGGCCGACUAUGAUCAAAUUGGGAAGAGUAGCUUUACUCAACUUGCAGAGCUUCGCCACAGAGGAGCUUUCUCGACUGUCGCCCAGACGUUCGCUGCGUGCUGCCAGCGAUGCGGUCAAUCGGGUAACCCUGAGAUUUCCGCCCUUCCUCUUCUUUGGUAUCAGGAAGCGAAGAAGAUUAUUUUUGAGAAGGCGUCAAAACUCACCCGUCGCUCUGCCGGACUGCCAGCUUUGGUUGGGGGAAUCCUGUUGUCGAACCCUGGUGGCCCGCUGUUCCAGCAGGUCAUUCGCGAGCUUCAGGAUGUAGCCUACAUACCGGCCCAACUUGAAGCACACAAUCAAACAGUUGAGCUGCCUCAAGUUCAUGCGAUGAAUUGUCUCCGAGAGGCAUUUACGAACGCCAGACUCGGGCCUCACACUGAAGGCUUCCUUAUGCCAGCACUAAAUCUCUCAGCGGAGUGCAUGGGAUCUCCAAUAUGGGCACUUCGGAACUCUGGUUUGAUGCUCUUCCGUGCCUUGAUGAAUCGCAUGUGUCGUACCGAUUACCAGGGAUUUGGAGGCAAAUCCGGGUCAGAGCCUGGGGCGCGGAUUUCGUUCCAGAAGUAUCCCGGUCUUGUACAACUACUCUCCAACCUACUUGUCCCGCCACAGAAAGCAAAUGGUGCUGAAAAAGCCGAUAGCGCUAUGGUUACCGAGCGAGUGUUCCCAGCCCUGGAACUGAUUGCUGAAAAGAUUCCCAAUGCUGCGGAUACGGAUGACGCUAAGUUACUUGGCCUGAUACGGGAGCAUCUUAAGAGCCAUGUCUGGGGUAUCCGGGAGCAUGCAGCUCGAGUUUAUGCUUCGUUGUUGGAUCGAUCAACCAUCCUACAUGAUAUUCAGUCACUGCUCAAUGCGAGAGACGCGGAGACCGAAAAUUACCUACAUGGAGAGUCUCUGUGCGUAAGAUAUUCGCUCCGCCGGUUGGCAUUUACACCUUCGGCUUUGUGGAACGAGCGUCUUGAGGCAACCAAGUCGGUCAUCAAGUCAGUCUUUGCAGAGACGUACUUGCUGGCCAGAUCCCCAUUUGUUCAAACAACCCUCCUAGAGAUGCUUAGUGAUGCCGUUGAAAGGAGUGUUGAAUCAGGUGCCGAAGGUGAAACCGUGGAUCUUUUAGACUAUAUCUUCGACACGUAUAAUAUUUCCGACACUGUGGACUUUGUAUUCGAUUCCAGCAACCCCUCCUUCACUACCUUAAGCACAACACGCGCGUUUUCGCUCCUUCGCAGAGAACUAGCUUGGGCUAUGACCUUGAAAGCACUCACAAAGGGUGAUACCGAAAACCUAGAGACCUUCAUACAGAAAGUUGCCACUCUGGAUCCCAACGCCUGCCAAUGGCUUCUGGAAAGGUUGCACGAAACAUUUGCAGCCAAGGACGAAUACACAAAGCUAUUAGCCGGGCUCUACGCCUCAAUAAUCGUCGGAAAGCCUCCCUUGGAAGUCAAGAUCCCUGCAAUCCUAAACCUUGCAUCGUAUCUUCAGGUUGCACUCGAAACAAAAGAUGCAGCACUAGUACCAGCGCUGGCUUGGGAAGACCUGGCCGCGCAGGUGAAGAUUGGUUCAACGACCAAAGGUUUCAACAGAGACAGAGCAGAUGCGGACUUGCAGUUGGAAGGCUGCCUCAUUGGUCUGAAGUCCAUUACUCGGGACCAUGAGAUUCUGGAAACCGAGGUCAGAGAAUGGGCAACACGGCUUAGGUUUGCGCUGGCUGAAGAAACGGAAUUUUCCACCCGCUACGCCGCAGCAACAUCCAUCUCCGCGUUUGCGCGAGCAUAUCGUCCUCCAAGACAACCCCCACGAGUGGAUCAGCCUUUUCUGGAGAUAUACCUCAUUCUAUAUGACCUGCUCAAUGAUGACGACGAAGAAUUACGGGACAUUGCCGCCUCAACCGCCUCAUAUGUUCUCUCGUACUCCUCCGUCUCGCCUCAGAAGGCAGUGGCUCUGUCCCCCAUGAAUGCAAGCGAGCUAUUUGCAGCUUUCGUCGCGGAUAAUUUCUCCAGCUCGAAGCUCCUCUUCACCAGAGCAACACGGUAUAUUCUUGGCUUGGAGCCGAGAGUCGGUGACUCCAGUAGUAGAAAGCCUUUCGUACCCGUGUCUGAAACAACCGCUGAGAUCAGAAAAGAGAGCACGGUCCUGUUUGAAGAGGAGAAGCAGAAUCUGUUCAUCGAAUCCGUCCGCGAGAUUGACCUGUGGUCGGUUGUUCUGACACGGUUGGAUAAGGCCACGUGCGAAGAGAAACUACUGAAGGAGCUCUAUUCCUGGGUCUCUGACGGUCUGGACUGUCUUUCAGAUAUUUUUGCUCGCCCUGAUGGUGAGGACGGCCUUGUGGGAUGGAUGGCGAAGCCUGAGGCCUAUACGCUUGGGGUGAGGGUAAUUAGUCUUGCUGGUGUUUUGGCUUCAAAAGAGCUCGAGUCUUCUGGGUUGUUAGGUACCGAUGCUCAGGGUGCCCUUAAGGAGAAGUUGGGACGGCUGCUAGAAACCGGAAAGUCAGGGCUGCUUCAUGUUGAUCUAUUGGAAAGGGUCGGGAUGGCUCUUUCUAGGACGUGAUGUGGUUUGAAUUGCUUGACUACGUGAGUAUAGAUAAAAGUUUAGAAUAGACCGAUUCGGUGUUGAGGUAUUCUGUUCUUGCUUAGUGUGGUAUGCUGAUAUAGGCUCAAUCGAUGGUCGAUUACCUCAAC